GCAACUUUUCUGAAUGUUGUACGGUGCAGCAAACUAUACUGCCGUUUAUAAUUCUACGUGGUGGCAAUGGCAGUGUUCGAGAGCUGUGCUGUGGUUUUAGAACUCAAGCAUUUGCCUUACAAAGAGAAGAAGAGGUUCACUUUGGCCAUAACAGAUAAUGGAGGAAGUGUGUGCUACGUUGUCAACAAACAGUGCACUUUUGUAGUCGCAAGCAGCUGGGACGAUUUGAGCAGCAGCCGUCAGCGUAGCGUAAAGAAGCACCAAAUCCCGGUCGUAGGGCUGCAGUAUGUGUGGGACUGUCUAGAGAAAAGAGUCCGCCUGCCUGUGGAGGGGCACGCUCUGGUUCCCGUAACGCCUCCACCCAGCUCUACUCUUCUGUGGUCAGAUUUCACUGUGCCUAAGCCAUCUGAAGAAGCAUGGAAGUCCAGAGGUCAGCCUCUACCCCCGAGCUCUGCUGCUCAGAGACGCAAAGCGGAGGAUCCAGCCAAGGAUGACAACUCCCUGGCUAAAAUCAGAGUCUACACUGAAAAUGACCUUUGCGUGCCAGAAUUUCCCAGAAAUUUUCAAGUGGCCAGGUACUCAGUAUUGGAAAAGGUUAAUCCCAGGACAGGGUCAGUUUUGGAACUGCAGAGUGCCAAAGGAGAAACAGGACAGAUGUAUCGUGUAGUGUGUGUUAUUGUGCCUGACUGGAAAGAGGCCGUGGUGCGGGAUAAGUUAGUGCACUGCAGUAAGUCUGAGGAGGCUCUGGACGUGUAUCUGAUGAUACAGAAAGAGCUGCAGAGUAAGAACUUCGUGGAGAGGGACACUCUUCCUCCAGAGGCCAAGAACCUGGGCUCCCAGAGCCUACAACAGCUUCUGCUGGAGGAGAAGCUCAGCUGUAGCACGCUGUCACAGGAAGUGGGCGCUUUCGUGGAGCUCGUCUGGACAGAGGCCAUCGGUUGCCUCGGAAACAUUCUCACAGUUCCCUUCAGCAGCAUCAGUCUUAAUGACGUGAGCAGAGCAGAAGGACUGCUGCUCCAGGCUCAGAGGAGUAAAGACGAAGCGGAGAUUCAGACCCUGUUCGAGGAGGUCAACAGUCUGCUGCCUCACAGAAUGCCCGAACACCCUGUCAAAGCCAAGCUUGUUUCACAGAAACUAGACCUCUGUCAGUUAAUCAGAGAUAUGUUGAACGUGAGUGAGACGACCAUGAGAAGCGUAUUUCCUUCUUGUUUGGGAAAAUACCGUGCUCUUAGAUGCAGCAUCGACAGCGUUCCUGCAGGCAGUCCGGAAUUUCACUCUGUCCAGCUGUUACUACAGGACAGGCCCAUCCAGAUUAUGCAGGUUUUUUCUGUGAGAAGAGGGGUGGAGCUACAGAUGUUUAGGGAGGAGCUUGGGAAUAUCAGGCCCCUCCUUCAUUCAACCAGUUCUAGCAGCUUUGUGGGAAUACUUUCUCGGGGACUGUUGCUUCCUAGAGUUGGAGUUGAGCAACAUGGGAUUGAAAGGACAGACAUAGGCUUCCUGGGAUCUGGCAUCUACUUUAGUGACUCUCUCAGCACCAGUGUGAAGUACUCUAAACCCAGUGUCACCGAUGGCUCGCGUCUUCUGCUGGUAUGCGAGGUGGCUCUGGGUCGCUGCAGGGACCUUCAGAAGAAAGAUACCACGCUGACCUCUGCCCCCAAAGGCUACCACAGUGUGCACGGAGUUCGCCGCUCCCCAAAAGUUCACUCUGAAUUUGAGGACGAUGAGUACGUGGUGUAUAGCCCGGACCAGGUCAAGAUUAAGUAUGUGGUCCAAUACACGCUGGAGGGAGAUCAGAUGAAGACGUUUCAGCCACACAUUGACAUGUCUUUGGAGCUGACGGAGCCUGCUGUGACCUCUGAUACUUUGUCCAGCGAAGACAGUGAUGGGUUAGGGCUCACUAAGAACCCACUGGAGACCGUGACUGCUGGUCUACUCAACAGCAGCGGUGAGACCCUCCCCUUGCAGGCUGUCCAUGUGAGGAGCAAGCUGAUGGACCUGCUCUGUCAGGUCAUCAUUUUCCAGACAUACACCAAUAACAGUGCCUCACCCAUUGAGGCCAAAUACGUGUUCCCAUUGGAGGAGACAGCAGCGGUGUGUGGUUUUGAAGCCUUUAUUAAUGGAAAGCAUGUUGUUGGAAAGGUGAAAGAGAAGGAGCAGGCCCGUAAGGAGUAUAAACAGGCCAUACAACAAGGCCACGGAGCCUAUCUGAUGGACCAAGAUGCCCCUGAUGUCUUCACCAUCAGUGUAGGAAACCUGCCUCCUGGUGCCACCGUCUUGAUCAAAGUGACCUUUAUCACAGAGUUGGUUGUGAAGUCCGGCUCGAUUCUCUUCUCCCUGCCUGGCAGUGUGGCACCGUGGGAAAAGAGUUCAGCCCUGAAUCAGAGAACUCAGACGACAGUGGAGAAGGUGUGUGUGGAUGAGCUGACACCCGAGGGGGAAUUCUCUCUGUGCAUGUCCGUUGAGAUGCCAUACGAGAUCACCGACCUGACCUGUGUCACACACCGUGUCAAAAUAAAGAGGACAGACUGUAAAGCAGUGGUCAGCACUCUGCCAGGGGAGACUCUAGGCUCAGACGGCUUCCAGCUCUCCUUUGGUCUGUCCCAGAUCCACAUGCCCAGGAUGUGGGUUGAGAAUCAUCCAGAGAAAGAUAGUCAGGCAUGCAUGUUGGUAUUCUACCCAGACUUUGAGACUAGCAGUGUGACUGGCUCUGAUUCUCUGUCUGCUGUUAGCAAUGUGAUCAUUCUGCUGGACACCUCUGAGUCAAUGCGGGGAGAAGCCAUGCUGAAUAGCCGAAGAAUUGCCCUGCAAGUUCUGAAAAGCCUGGACCGCUCUGUAAAGAUCAACGUAGUGUCCUUUGGCACAGAUUACAAGGAGGCCUUCCCCUCCCAAUGUGUGCUUGAGGAUGUCCAGGAACAAGCCAAGAAAUUCAUCAUGACUUCUCCUCCUGUUGGCGGCAGCACUGAGUUAUGGAGAACCUUGCGUAGCUUGAGUCUCCUGCCUCCGUCGCGAGGAGUUAGGAACCUGCUGUUGCUUUCUGACGGUCACGUUCAGAACCAGGCUGUGACCCUGCAGCUCGUACGGGACAACGUACCCCACACACGUCUUUUUACCUGCGGACUCAGUUCAACGGCCAAUCGGCAUAUGCUGCGAACCCUGGCUCAGGUUGGGGGCGGAGCUUACGAAUUUUUCGAUACGAAGACGAAGCACACUUGGACAGGGAAGGUGUCCUCCCAAGUCCAGCGUAUGGUAUCUCCAGGCUGUAGCUCGGUUUGUGUGAAGUGGCAGCAGUUUAACCCCACAGCUCCGUCUCCUCUCCAGGCUCCUGCUCAGCUCCAGGCCCUCUUCAGUAACUGCCACGCCUUAAUUUACGGCUUUGUGCCCCACUGCACGCAGGCGACGCUGCUUGGUAAUCUCAGUGGACAGGAGAUUAAGACUAUGGUUUCAACCACGGAGCUGCAGAAGACCAGAGGCACGUUCCUUCACAAGCUCACCGCAAGAGCCAUCAUCAGAGACUAUGAGGAUGGCAACCUGGAUAUCAGUGAGGCAGAGCAUGAGGAGAAGAAAGCAGAGCUGAAGUCUUACAUCAUUCAACUCAGUAAAGAGUUCUCGGUCCUCUCCCAGUUCACCAGCUUUGUAGCCAUCGAAGAGAGGGACCAAAAGCAACAAGAUUCUGGAUUCACAGACAUUCCGAAACUGAUUGCCAAGGAGGAUGUUGAUUUUCUGCCUUACAUGGACUGGCAGGAAGAGAGCUUUGAGGAAUUGUUUGAAUUCGGCCUUGGUGAUACGAUUUCAUUGUCCUGGUCUGAUCAUCUAGCUAUUGAUGGCUUAGAGUUGGAAGAAGAUGAAGACUUUUCAAUGCCUCUUUCCUUUCUUGAAAUGCAUGAGUCAUCUGAUGGGGAUUUUGGUGAGCCUAUGGCUGUCCAGGAUAUUAUUCAGGGGGGUCCUCUCAGUGAAGAUGAAAUUAUAGGAGCUUGUGCCUUAUCAAUGCCCCUUUCCCGUACUGUUCCUGGUCCUCCUCCACGUCCGCCCGCUUCUUCCAUGCCCUCUCCUCGUACUGGUAGUGGUUUUGUGCCUCUUCCUCCUCCUCCUCCUCCACCUCCUCUUCAUCCUACUUUGAUAUGUGAUUCUCUUUCUUCACCUCCUCCUUUCAUGUUUGGUUCUCUUCCUCCUCCUCAUCUGACAUCUUAUGCUUCUUCCCUUGGUUCUCAGUCUUCCUGCUCUUUAGAUUAUGAGCCUCCUGCUUUUUUGCCCAUAAAAGGUCUCCCUCCUGUCAGAGGUUCUGCUUCUCCUCCUCUGCCUUCCAGGCGCUUGUCUGCUCUUUCUUCCGAUUUGGGUUACGCUUCUCCUUCUCUGCCUUCCAGGCGCUUGUCUGCUCUUUCUUCUGGUUUUGCUUCUGCUCCUCCUCCUCUGCCUCUCAUGGGCUUGUGUGCUCCUCCUCCUACUCCUCCUCCCAUGUGCUUGUCUGCUCCUUCUUCCGGUUUUGCUUCUGCUCCUCCUCCUCUGCCUCCCAUGCGCUUGUCUGCUCCUCCUCCUCCUCCCGUGCGCUUGUCUGCUCCUUCUUUUGCUUUUGGUUCUGCUCCUCCUCCUCUGCCUCCCAUGCACUUGUCUGCUCCUCCUCCUCCUCCUCCUCCUCCCAUGCGCUUGUCUGCUCCUUCUUCCGGUUUUGCUUCUGCUCUUCCUCCUCUGCCUCCCAUGCAUUUGUCUGCUCCUUCUCCUCCUCCUCCUCCCAUGCACUUGUCUGCUCCUUCUUACAGUUUUGCUUCUGCUCCCCCUCCUCUGCCUCCCAAACGCUUGUCUGCUCCUUCUUUCAGUUUCGGUUCUGCUCCUCAUCAUCACCUUUUUGGUUCAAUAAAAGGCAAAGUAUCAAGAGCUCGUAAACCUCGCUCUGAACGUGAGGACAUUCAGACUAUUCACAACAAAGCUCAGUGUUUAUCAGUAAAUUCUGAAGAAUUCGACCGUGGUUUAAUAAAAAGUGACCGUGACCGUGACCGCCACCGUGCAGACAUGGUUGUACCCAUGGAUCUAUCCAGGAGAAAAGCAGGCGUAGUAACCAUCGGCGCAAGUUAUCCUCAGAUUUCUGAGCAAAAAGGUUUCAGACGUCCCACUCAGCAGAUGGAGGUGGGGAAGCUUUUUGACCUCCAACACCAGGAUGGAUAUUGGGAAUGUACCGGACAACUGAGAGGAUUUCUUGGCCUGGAUAUUGAACUCUUUGCUAAUGUUUUCCUGAAGGAGAGAGGCAUCUGUUCAUUGGGUCUAAAGGCCCAUGCUGACAUUCUGAGGCUACUGGCCACUUUGCUGGUCCUGCAGCUGCUGAGGGUAAUGGAAGUGCCUGAAGGAAAGCUUCUCCAAUCCCUCUUCCGCCUGAAGGAACUCCCCCAGGCCAAGUAAGCUUGCCUGUCAUCAGUGCGUUGGGAGGCUAUGAAGAGAGCUGUGAAAUGGGCGUGUUGGGCAGACAGACAGUACCCCUGUGUCUGUAGUAGGCUGGAAUUUGGCGUGGACUGGGAGUCUUCCACUCGCCAGCUCCUGGGCUUCGAUGCACUGCCUUCUGUCUCUCCGCUCAUUCCCGUUUUGAAGAGGACCGAAGAAUUACUGGUCGCGUAAGACGGGCAACGUGAUAGCCGUUUCGCGUCUUGU